AUGUUAAAGAAAAAUAUUUUACUGGAAGUUCAAAUGCUAAGCGAAAUAGCAAAUAACGUCACCGUGCAUGUCGAUGAAAGACAAAUUAGUUACAACGAUGUUUGUGGACGGGUCUAUGAAAAAUGUUUCGAUAAUCCUAUUUCCACUUUGUUAAAUCGUGCGGAUGAUGUAGUUUCUAAGAGACUAAAAUUCAAGUAUCCCAUAGAUAUGGAUCCUCUAACGUUUUCAUAUAAGAUAAUGUUAUUGAAUUUAGGAGGUGUGAUCGUUGACAGUAACGAUUAUAUAGAAGAAGUAUACGCCGUGCGUUUAUUUUAUCCAUUGGACUAUAGUAACACAAGUAAAACAGAGUGGACUAAAGCUUGGAGUAAAGCUCUUCACAGAAAAAUAAAAGAAUGCAAUUUCAAGUAUAUUGACACCUUUUUCGAGCCAUUCGCUUCGACUGACGUUAAUGUUAUAUCAGAUUUGCAGGAGAUAAUACCAUUUAUAAGCGUCACUAUAAUCGUAGUAUGUUUCUUCAGCAUGCUGAGUAAUAUGACCAAUAGUUGGAUUAGAAGCAAACCGUGGAUGGGUGUAGCCAGUGUCAUGUCAGCCGGAAUGGCUGUAGCUGCCUCGUUUGGAUUACUAUUUGUUUGCGGAGUAGAAAGCACAUAUUAUAAUGUUGCUCUCCCAUUUGCGAUUCUGGUGACAGAAGUGGACGAUUCUUUCGUAGUGAUCGCGUGUUGGAGAACAACUAAUACUCGUGAUUCUGUUGAAAAGCGCAUGGAAGAUACCUGA